UGCGGCUCCAGAAUAAACCACAAAGUUCCGCAACAACUGACAAACAACAACAUGGAGGCUGCGACUGAAGAUAGCCUGGAAACCGCGUUUGACGGCGCCUCCAAGAUACAGGAGCGACUUCAGAAGCGACACCAGACGAGGAUAGAGGAUGUCGAGCGGAGGAAGGAAGCUAAAGAGAGCCAGUCGGUCGCGGAGGAAAAGGGCGACUACUUCUCCAGCACCUUCAACGCGGAGCGGGCGGCCAUCGAGGAGCUGCUGUCCGGCUGCUCCGGAGCGGACCGGGCGGUGCUGACCCAAACGCUGGAAGAGGCGACGGCCAAAAUCCUCCAGCUGCAGAAGUUUCUGAACGACAGCGUCUUGUUCCUAAAGCAGUACGACCUGAGGCGAGCCCAGGCGGCUCUCCAGAAACUCCAGACCUCCCUCGCUGAGACCAGAGAGGAGGCUCUGCCCAAGAAGAAGUUCGCCUUUCGGGCUCGGGCCAAAGCAACGGAUAAAGCCUCCGCGCCCGCGUCAGACACACCUCCACCGGACACCGGCACCCCUGCAGAGCCCGGUAGCACCACGGUCGAUGGAGCUGCGGCCUCGGAGCAGUGCAGCUUCUCCAACAUGGACAAUGUGCAUCUGAUAAAGACAGCUGAGGAGAUCCAGAAACGAGACGUGCUGUUGAGCCACCUGACUAACUGCAAGGUCCGUCUGCUCGGGUCCCCCAGCACCCUGCACCUGAAACACAUAGACACCUGUGAGAUCCUGUGCGGGCCCGUGACUAGUUCAGUAUUCAUUGACCACUGUAGAAACAGUACCUUGGCCAUCCCUUGUCAGCAGCUGCGGACCCACAACACCACAGACACACAGGUGUAUCUGCACGUCACCAGCCGGGCCAUCAUAGAGGACUGUCAGGGAGUGAGCUUCGCCCCGUUCACCUGGUCGUACCCCACCCUGGAGGAGGACUUCAUUUUGUCUGGCCUGGACAAGAACCGAAACAACUGGAGCCAGGUGGAUGACUUCAACUGGCUCGCUGCAGGAAAGCCUUCCCCUAACUGGACUGUCAUACCGGAAGAGGAUAGGAAAACCACUUGGGAAUUACUCUCUUAAACACCUGUCAGACCCAACCGUGAAAUGACGUGUUGUUAGUAGAUGUCUUUCACUGAAUGUGUUGCACUUAGGCGUUGUACAAUAUGAACAUUUCAUGUCACUUUUGAUUUUCUUGACUAAAAUAAUGAUACAAAAUAUACUUAAACCUCUAAAACAUACUGGAAGCAUACAUUUCCUGCAUCGUAGAUAGAAACCUCAUCUUCCUAUUCUUUAUUUUGAAAUCUAUAUUCGCAUACACACAUCCGUAAAACGUGUAAGCCGUGGUGACAGGCUUCAGGUUUUAGAAUAACUGGGCAGACGUGGGCUCCACAUUGUCCCCUUGUUCAAAAUAAAUCAGGAACUUAAUGUAGGACUGUAUGCUGGUGAGCAAGACGGCUUUUUCAAGUCAAGCCAUGUGAGGGUAUUCACAAUUAAUAACAUAAAUUCACCACAAUAUUCUCUAUUAUUGCAGUACACAAUAAUAUCAUAUAUCCCGUCCCAUCCCUAGUUGCAAUGCUACGUCUGUACAGAGCAAGGAAAAGGUCCGUCUGUAUAACGAGGUUAGAGCUGCACUAAGACUUUUAAAUAAAAAUCCACCUGUAUUCUUCACACAGACAACUGGACACUCCAAUAUUUGAUUUAAUGCCUGUUUUUUUUCUGUUCAAAAUAUUAAAAUCUGCAUUAUUAGUAGGUAUGUUUGCAAUUUACUGCUGUGACUUUGCAGGAUUUCUGGUGGCGCCCAACUAAUAUUGGUUUAUUGCAGAUAUAUUGAUACAUUUCAACCAAUAAGUUAGAAAUUGCACUACAGAAAUGCAAAAGACUGCACUUACAAUUUUAUCAGUGUAGUUCACUAUGGCUGCAACUAACAAUCAUUUUCAUUGAUUGUUAUUACAGAUCAUUUUCUAAAUUAAUCGCUCUACAAAAUGUCAGAAAAUAGUAAAAUAAGUCUUCAGGUUGCUUGUUUGAGCCGACCAACAGUCCGAAACCUAAAGAUAUUUACUUUACUGUCACGAGACAAAGGGAAGCAGAACAUUUCUUACAUUUGUGAAGGUGAAACGAGGGUUGGUUGGACUGAGACAAAUAAUGUAUGAGUUAAUUAAUCUUCAGUCUCAACAGUUCUGGGCUCUAAUUUCUGGGUACUCCAGCUUUUUACAAAAGUUAACUUCGGGCUGAUUCAUACAAAUCUCCCUAUAUUAUGGUCAGAGGCAGAAAUUACAUAUAAAAAGACCUGAGAAAACCUGAAUGGCUGCCCUGUAGGGGGGAACCAUUCAAUCUCAAAUCUUACUGUAUUAUCCGACUGUGUACUCAUAAGUAUAGGAGUUGUCAUGUAAUUGGCAUAAACCAUUGUGAGCAUGCUUCGAGAAGUGGUGCACCUGAAUGAUCUUUUAAUAACAGUCAGGAACUAGUGAGAUGUGAGUCAUUGCUAGUGCUGGAGAUUUAAAUUACUUUUCACUAAGUUUUCUGCUCCCUGUUACCGAUAUAUCGUCUACAGUAUCGUUAAAAGGAUCAAUAAUCACUCAAACAAGGGUAAAGCAGCCAUUUAUAGCACCCUACAAUAGUACAAAAUCAGUCUUCAUUACAGUGGAGUUGAAUAAAGAACAAAGAGCACGGUGUUAACAUUGUGUGCCUUCAUGCUGCUGGCAACCCUGAAUGGCCUUUAAAAUACUACUAUGAUACUCUGAUCUUACAGAAUGAAACUAAACCAAGUCUGUACUUUGUAAAGAGGAUAUUUAAAAGUUACUGCUAUUAAAAUGAGACGCAAAUAAAGAAUCUUCCUGCUCAACAA